GCGGGGAUUGUGGUUGAUAUUUCUCGGGCAUGCAGCAGCAACAAGGGCGGCAGCGGUCCAAGCGACGGCAUGCGCCGGGUUGGCUUGAUCCGAUGAAUGUUCUGAUUGCUUCACUUGUGGUGGUGAUGUGUCUGAUGGUGUACAUGAACGUUGUCAUGCUGGGCAUGAACCAAGACGAAUCCAACUCGGCGCAUCUCAAGAAGUUAUCGCAAAACUUCAGAAAGGCCGAGUCGGUGGUAUCAACGGCAAAUCCGAACAAAGAUCCGACGAACCGCCGCCUCGUGGUCUUGAUCGCCAACUACCGCGACUCAAAGCGAUGUGGGGAAACUGUAGACUCGAUCUUCUCCAAGGCAUCCCGUCCAGACCUCAUCACCGUGAGCAUUUUCGACCAACUCAACUUCGACGAAGACGAACAGCGUUGUUUCGAUGUAUAUUGCAGUAUCGUGGGCGAAGUGGCAUGUCGUCGUAACGAACGGCUUCGUCGAAACGACACCGUGAGCUACACGGACGCAAAAGGACCCACAUACGGCCGGUACCAGACCGAAGAAGGUGUCGACUUGACCAUUGACACGUUUGCGAUGUCAAUCGAUUCCCACUUGAUUUUCAUCCCCGACUGGGACUCGGAUUUGGUGUCGCAGUGGGACUCCAUCAACAACCCCAAGGCGAUCAUCACUGUGUACCCUGACUCGACCGAGCUAUACCCGAAGCCCGGCGACGUCCAAAAGGUGGUGACGAUGAUGUGUCAUGCGCGCAUCGAGAGUGACACAGACGACGCCAUGGUCCAGUACAGUUCCGCCAUCGACGUGCCAUGUCCCCCGACCCCACGCUUGAUGUCCCAAUUUGCCGGAGGGUUCAAUUUCGGAACGGCCGAGUCGGCGCUGGAAGUCCGCAAUGACCCGUACACGCCCUUCUUGUUCCACGGUGAAGAGUACUCUCGUGUGGCGCGGCUGUUUACACACGGCUACGACACGUACAUUCCCACGCAUAUGGUGUGUUACCACUGGUACGAAAAGCGAAAGGGCAUGUGGGACGACGACUGGGCUGCACGGACGUUGCUGGCGCAGCGAUCUCAACGGCGCAUCAAAGCAGCACUGGGUCUCAAACCCUCCUCCGACGACUACGACAAGACGGACCUGGCCAAGUUUUCACUCGGCACAAAGCGGACGCUUGAGCAGUUCAAAGUGUUUUCAGGAAUCGACCCUGAUGCCAAAUGGAUUGAAAACAACGAGCACCAAUUUGACGUGUGUCCACCCAAGGAGCUGCACUACGUCCCCUACGUUGGCAGUGCUGUGGAACAACCAGCCUUGCCCGCAUCUACGCAACCAGUUACCACGGCUCCACCGCCGCUCGCGCGAGACCCCAACCGCCGUCGCACCAUUGUGCUGAUUGCCAAUUACCGCGACUCAAAGCGCUGUGGGGAAACGUUGGAGUCCAUUUUCACCAAGGCUGCGCAUCCCGACUUGGUGGCCGUGAGUAUCUUCGACCAGCUCAACUUUGAAGAGAACGAGUUGCCGUGCUUUGACUCGUAUUGCCAGCUCGUGGGCGAAGACCAGUGCCGUCGAAGCGACCGGCUUCGUCGCAAUUCCGCCGUGGAAGAGCCAGCAUUGCCACCUCCAACGCAACUCUUACCAGUGACCACGUCCCCACUGCCGCGAACUCGGGAUACGGUGAACCGUCAUAUCAUUGUGCUGAUUGCCAAUUACCGCGACUCGAAACGUUGUGGGGAAAGCAUUCAAUCACUUUACAACAACGCAUCUCGCCCCGAUCUCAUUGCCGUGAGCAUCUUUGACCAAAUUGAUUUGGACGCCAACGAGUUGCCCUGCUUUGACGAGUAUUGCAAACUGGUGGGCGACGCCAACUGCCACCGCGCCGAACGCCUCCGUCGAAGCGACGCCAUCAGUUUCAAGGACGCCAACGGACCAACGUAUGGUCGGUACCAAACGGAAAAAGGCAUCGACCCCACGAUCGAUACGUUUGCCAUGGCGAUUGACUCGCACCUGAUUUUCAUUCCAAACUGGGACACGGACCUCGUCGCGCAAUGGGAUUCUAUCAACAACCCCAAGGGGAUCAUCACCGUGUACCCCGACUCGACCAACAUGUAUCCAAAAGAUGGCCACAUCCCCAGCGAAGUCAUCUUGAUGUGUCAUGCUCGCAUUGAAAACGAUCGUGACGACUCCAUGGUGCAAUACACCAACGCCAUCCGGAUCCCAAGCCCUCCGAAGCCGCAGCUCAUGUCCCAAUUUGCUGGGGGAUUCAAUUUUGGAACGGUCGAGUCGGCGCUGGAAGUCCGCAAUGACCCAUACACGCCCUACUUGUUCCACGGUGAAGAGUACUCGCGUGUGGCGCGACUGUUUACGCACGGCUACGACACGUACAUUCCCACGCACAUGGUGAACUACCAUUGGUACGAACAGCGCAAAGUGAUGUGGGACGAAGGCUGGGAUGCCAAGGCCGUGAUCUCAAGAAGGUCCCAGCGUCGAGUUCGUGCAGCGUUGGGGCUCCCCACCACAUCGGACGAUUAUGACAAGACUGACUUGGCUCAAUUUUCCAUUGGCACGAAGCGAUCGAUGGACCAAUUCAAGGCGUUCUCUGGCAUCGACCCCUUGGCGAAAUGGAUCAAGGACAACAACACCCAGUUCGAUGUGUGCCCGCCUCGUGUCUUGCAGUACGUUCCUUACCAAGGCAGCCCCGUCCAGGAGCCCGUGCUGGAAGUGGAAGCGCCAGCCGCCGUCGUAAAGCCGACCAUUUCACGCACGCGCGACUCUGUGAACCGCCACACUAUUGUGCUCAUAGCAAACUAUCGCGACACGAAACGGUGCAGUGAAACGGUGGACUCGAUCUUCUCGAGGGCAGAUCGCCCCGAGCUGAUUGCCGUGAGUAUCUUCGACCAGCUCAACCUGGACGCAGGCGAGAAACGAUGCUUUGACGCGUACUGUGACCUUGUGGGAGAAGCCAACUGCCACCGGUCAGAACGGCUCCGGCGUAAUGACACUGUGAGCUACAAGGAUGCCAAGGGGCCUACGUACGGUCGAUAUCAAACAGAAGAAGGCGUGGACCUGACCAUCGACACCUUUGCCAUGGCCAUCGACUCGCAUUUGAUCUUCAUUCCGCAUUGGGACACGGAUCUGCUCGGUCAGUGGGACACGAUUGGCAACCCAAAGGCCAUCAUCACGGUGUACCCUGAUGCGACUGAGAACAUGCCCCCAGCCGGAGAAAAACCCACCGGUGUCAUCUUGAUGUGCCACGCUCGCAUCGAAAAUGACCAGCCGGACUCGAUGGUGCAGUACAGUUCCGCCGUCCGCCUCCCGUCUCCUGCCAAGCCGACGCUCAUGUCUCAAUUCGCUGGUGGGUUCAACUUUGGGUCGGCAGAGUCGGCCGUGGAGGUCCGCAACGAUCCGUACGCCGCCUACCUCUUUCACGGCGAAGAGUACUCUCGCGUGGCCCGGCUGUUUACGUUUGGUUACGACACGUACAUCCCCACGCACAUGUUGAACUACCAUUGGUACGAAAAGCGCAAUGGGAUGUGGGACGAAGACUGGGCGGCACGGACGGUGAUCGCCAAGAAGUCUCAGCGGCGCAUUCGAGCGGCGUUGGGCUUGGUGCCGUCGUCCGACGACUACGACAAGACGGACCUGGACAAGUUUACCAUUGGCACGAAGCGAACGAUGGAGCAGUUCCGCGAAUUUUCUGGCAUCAACCCCGACGCCGCGUGGAUCAAAGACAACGAGCACCAGUUCGACGUGUGUCCUCCCAAGGAAGUCAAGUACGUCCCGUACGCGGGAAGUCCUGUGCAGGAUCUCGUGGUGGUAUAGUAUGUCGCUGACCUUCCAAUUGCCAAUGAGGCCACCAUGUAUAUAACGUGUGUACAUUUGUUUCGCACUGUUAUUUGUGUCUAUAUUCUUCGUGUUAGAGUUAUAACACCCACGCCCUUGUUCACCGCCAGAAAAUCGUCAUCAGUCUUGGUCUACCUUUUUCUUUGGUUUCUUGUCCUCUGGUGCGGCCGAAGCGGGUGCACUGCCGCUCGCUUCCUUGGACGCGACGGUGGUGAAUUUCACAAUGAGGUUCAUGGACACGGCAUCGUCUUCCGACAGCCGCCGUCCAUCUUCGCCCUCUGCGUAGAGGUAGUUUGCGCCGACCACGGGCGACAGCACGUACGCGACUUCGCGCACCGUCGUCCCUGGUCUGACGAGCACAGCAUGCCCAAACACAUCGCCUUCGACCGUGGUAAAGUUCUUGAGUGACUUGACAGGGUACACGACCACCAUGUUGCUGAGGGCCACGGCGGCGUUGAUGGCGGCGCGAACGCCGGUGCUGCCGUAGCGGAAGAGCACCAUGUCGCUCACUUGGUCGAGCCGCGCCGCCAUUUUCGGCAUCAAUGGCGCCAGCGUCGCGUCGUCGGCGCUGGUCGUGUACACCAUGUCCCCGGGUUCGUAAUGGAUGUGACGCUUUGAGUGCAUGUUGCGAAGAAACACUUCAGACGCAGCACUCGCGACAAAGCAUCGGUCGCCGCCGUACUUGUCGACAAUGCGCUCGAUGUUCUUGUCCGUGUCGUUGCCAAUAUCUGCUUUGUUGAGCACUAAAAUCGUGGGAAACCGCUGCGCGAGGAACGCAUCGACCAGAGCAUGCACUUCUGGCUCCCCCCAUGUCGUGAGCACACAUGGUUCCUUGGCCGCGUCCCCCAUGCUGUUGAGCAUCGCGAGAAUCGUCGCCACCGAUGCGCCAUACCCGCUCAACUGACCCUGGAACGUCGCGCGAAGGGUGCUUUGGGUCGCGGAGUGCCGCCUUGAAAUGGAACCCCACCGCUUCCACAAGUUGUUGAACACCCAGUUGUGGAUUUCCAUAGUGAGCCAGUCAGCGUCGUUCAGCGGGUUGUAGCCGAUUGUAGACUCACCCUUCUCGUUGGUCGUGCCGCUCACGUCCACGAUGUGCAUCAACACGUGCGCGUGCCGCAGGUCGUCCAGGAACUUGUUCCCGAGACCUGCACCCUCCGACGCACCAGGAAUCAAUCCUGCCACGUCCAAUAGCUUCACGGGAAUGUGGCGCGUUCCACCCACGCAUUGUCCGUACCGAGGCUUGCACAAGUCGAUCUUGCCGCGCGACUUGCAUGGACACUCCGUCGUGUAGUACGUGAUUCCUUCGUUGGGCUCGAUGGUUGUAAACGGGAAGUUGCCCACUUUCGCUUUGCCAUCCGUGACGGCAUUGAAGAACGUGGACUUACCCGCAGAGGGCUUCCCAACGCACCCGAUCACAAGCUCCAUUGUCCGAGUCGCAAAUUGCUGGCGGCGGGCUGUGUCACUAAAAAUUGAGCACAAAAAACCUCAAAAUUAUGUCAAUAUGCAGGAUAAAUCCGUGCAAAUCGCCAAAAUAUCCGGA